AAUAGAAGUUAUUAAUAGGCGCUGUGGCGCCUAUGAAAUUACAAAACAAAGUAUUAAAAAUGAGAAAAAUCAAAUAUAUUUUAAAACAUCAAAAAAUAACGUUAUGAAUGAUAUUUAGGAAACUGUACAUUAGAAAUAUACAUAAAAUAUAAGUGAAACAUAAAUUACAAAAUAUAUUUUUUCUAAAAAAUACCUCAUAAAUUAUAUUCGAUUGUAUCAUUAAUCAUUGUAAUAUUUUACAUUAAGUAUUAAAAAAUGCGUCACUGUUAAUCACUAGAAAUAUAGUUGCUGAGUGGGUGUAAAAUGAAUACGCCUAUCGUCAUAAAUAAUGAUGGGAAAAUGGAGUAAUAUUUCGGGAUAUAUUUACAUAUAUCUUUAAACAAACACAUUUUGAUUGAUAUCCAUGUAUAAUGUGGAAUAUUUAUAUAUAUAUUUUUGUACAUUUUGGAUUAUCUGUUUACAUAUAUUAAUUUUGUCGAAAGUUUUUGUUAAGUAACAUUUGUAUUUAUAAAAAAACAAUGUAUAACAAUAUGAAUUUCAUGUAUAAAUUAUAAUUUAUUAUAAAUUUGUUAUAUUGUAGUGCUCUAUAUAUAAUGCAUUUUAAUUAUAAAAGAAAUUUUAAACACUGAUAUUAUAUUUUAUAAAAAAUGCACUUUUCUAUACCAGAUACACAAGAAUUUAUUGAUACAGCUGGUUCAUAUGUGGGUUACAAUAUUUAUAUAAAUGGAUUAUUUCAUUGCACUGUGAGAUAUAAACAACUGCAUAGUCUUCAUGAACAAUUAGCAAAAGAUUUGGAUGUAUCUCUUCCAACAUUUCCACCUAAAAAAUUUUUUUCUUUAACAACAAAUCAGCAAGAGGAACGUCGUCUUUCUUUGGAAAAAUAUAUUCAAACGAUCGGUCAAAAUCCAGUUGUUAGUAAUUCAGAAAUAUUAAAUGGAUUUUUAUUAAAUGCGCAACAAGAAACUAUUAGAGGCCCAUCUAAUAAUGAAUUUAUAGACAUAUUUCUCAUGAAUGGCUGUAAAAUAACUAUAAGUGUUUCUACAGCAGAUCACUCUGGCAGUGUUUUAGAGAAGGUAUACAAAAAUCUUAGGCUAUCUGAACAAUAUUACUCAUAUUUUGUACUAUUUAUUGUUGCUCAAGAUGAAACAAAUGGUAUUCAUUUACUACGAAAAUUGCAAAAUUUUGAAUCUCCAUUUAUAACUAUUAAGCAUCUACACAUUAAUGGAAGUAAAAUUGUACUGGGGAAAAAUUAUUGGGAUAUAGAAUAUGAUCUUAAAUUAAUGAAUGAUGAAGUGGCAAUGAAUUUAUUAUAUAUUCAAGCAGUUGCAGAAAUUCACUGGGGAUGGAUUCUUAUUACAGAUGAAUUAAAAAAUCAGUUGACUGAUUUACAAAAGCAUGGAAAGAAAAAAGAAUAUCUGGAUAUAGUACGUGUUUCAAAGUACCAUGGGUAUAUUCAGUUUGCUCCAUGUUUUUGUGAUUAUCCUCAACCAAAUUCAAAGGUAUUAGUUGCUAUAGGUAGAAAUGAAUUAAAUUUGCGUAUAUUAUAUGAUGGGGAACAAUGUGAAGAAGUAUUUAAGGUUUCACGAAUGCGUUGUUGGCGUAUAACUACAUUGCAAAAUGGAUCUGAAAGAGGCGAUGAAGAAAGCGAGGAUUUUAGUUUAGAAUUGUCUUUUGAAUAUUUAAUCGCUAAAAAUCAAUUACAAUGGAUUACAAUUACUUCAGAACAAGCUAUUUUAAUGUCUGUAUGCUUGCAAGCUAUGAUUGAUGAAUUAUUAUCAAAGACUGUUGAUAGUAAUAAGACUCAGGAGAUACCUCAAAAAUCCUGGACCUAUGUCAUGAGAAAUGGCCAAAGUAUUAUAAUAGGGUCAAGCUCAAAUGAGGAAUCUGAAGAAAGUAAAAAGAAUCGUUGUAUUACACAACCUUCUAAAUCUGAACCAAUUAUGAAGAAACUUGCGGACAGAUUCUCAGUAGUAAAAGUAAAAAAAUCUAAUGAUGUUAAAAGUAAUACAAGGGGCAAGGUUCAAGGAAAACAAACAAUGGAAUACGAUAUGGAAAAUAAUGCAUUUCGUAUGAUCGGUGAUGAUGACUUAUAAAUAUACUGGAACUAUAAGAUGGAAAUAUAUCAGAAAUGUUUUAAAUUUUUUAAAUUAAUAUUUAACUCAUAUUUUUGCUAUUUUUAUUUUUAAUUUUCAAAUAAUGUAAAAUAUCAAACUUAGAUAUCAAAACUUGUAACAAUUGUACGAUAUAUAAAUAUAUUGUUGAUAAUAAAAAAAAUUUGAGAAUUAAUGCAAAUAUUUCGUGAAAUAGAUAAACAAAACUAAAAUAAAUUGUAGUAUUUAUAAUACUUUAUUAUUGUUCAAAUCAAAUAUGUAAAAGGCAGUGUCAUAUUAACAGAUGUAUUUCAUUUUACUUCGUUUUAAAUGAAAAUUAAUAUAAUAUGUUACUUUAAUACUAAACAAGAGUAAUUCAUAGGUUACGCUGUAUAAUGAGAUUAUAAUACUAACUAGAUAGGUAAUUGCUUGUUCGAAAGACAAUUUUCUGCCUUCAGUCUGUAUAUUUUGCCCAAACAUAUAGAGAAUGGUACAAUUCAUAAGAAAAACGUAAAAUUAGAACGACUUCGUAAACAAAUAAUUAUAAACUGUAAUAUAAAAGGAUAGCAUUUUCUAACAUGAAAAGUAAACAGAUUCGCUAUUGUCCUAUGAAAUAGACUUCUACAUGUGUAUAUUAUUGUAUAUUCAUAAAUAUCAUAGAUCUCUAUUUCAUGGACUAUUUAAGUUUUUAUAGAAAAAAAUUUUUAUCGCGUUUUUUAAAUGUUAGAUAAUAGGUAAAUAUAUGGAAAUGCAUAACUAUUUUUUACAAUAUUACUUCCGCAUGAUUUUUUUUUUUUCAUUUUAUAAUACACGUGGAAGAUGAACAUAGAAAAUUUGUUACUACAAACGUAUUUAUAUUCUAUCAAAUGUGUAAUUCUGUAUGAGUAAAAUUUAUUUGUUUCUGUUAGAAUAUUGCAACACGUUUAUAUAUUGUAUGUCGCAGUGAUUGGUGCGCUCUAUUUUUUUCUCGAACAGUAAUACUUUUUUUGAAGAAUAUAACUUAUCCGAUUUUCUUAUUGAAAAUACUAUUGUUUCAAUAAUAAACUCAGUACUAUUGUUUUAAUAAUCUUUUGUGUCAUGGUAGGGCCAUAUAAAGACUAGAUUUAAUAAUUAAUAUUUAAAUCUUUUCUGACCAUAAUGUGCAUAUCUUCUAUAUCAAAAAUAUGUUGUUAUUCUGUAUUGUUACUUCCUAAAUAAACAAAAAAGUCAGUUCUGGCUAUAGUA